AUGUCGACACAAGAGUACGUACCGGGCCAGUCCCAGUCAGGCCGCCAAUAUGACACCAAGUUCACACAACAAGUCAUCGACACCUGUGGACCAAAAACUAGCCCUCGCAUGCACCAGAUCUUCUCCGGCCUUAUCCGACACAUCCACGACUUUUCAAGAGAAGUAGAUCUUACACCAGAAGAGUGGUUGGCUGGUGUCAGGUUCCUGAACGAGACUGGCAAGAUCUGGGCAGAAUCAGAUGGCAAGAGGAACGAGAUGCACAGAUUAUCGGACAUCAUCGGUCUUGAGAGUUUGGUCACCGAGAUUGCCAACUAUGUGCAAGUCGACGAGCCAAACUACGUACCAACAUCGGCUGCCAUCCUCGGUCCAUUCUGGAGCCCCAACGCUCCAUGGAGGAACCAGGGCGACAGCAUUAUCCAAGAUCCACACGAGGGCAUCGUCACAUACAUGCACGGUGUUGUCCGUGACUUGAAGACCCACAAGCCAAUCCCCAAUGUCACCUUCGACAUGUGGCAAGCGAGCAGCAACGGCAAAUACGACUUCCAGGACCCAGCGAAUCAAUCUGACAACAACCUUCGCGGCAAGCUGAAGACCAACAAGAAGGGCGAGUACCACCUCUACUGCCUGCGACCGACCGCAUACUCCCUCCCACAGGACGGCCCAUCGUGGCAGCUCCUCCAGUCCAUCGACAGACAUCCAAUGCGCCCGGCCCACAUUCACUUGAUGGUGACACACGAGAGCUACAAGCCAUGCAUCACACAAAUCUACCCCAAGGAUGACCCAUGGUUAGAGACCGACACCGUGUUCGCCGUCAAGGAUGACCUCGUUGUCGACUUCAAGCCACUUGAGAAGCUCCCAGAGUGGUUGCCAGAGCACAAGGGGCCAGGCGGCCCAGCGAAGAGGGAGCUCGAACUUGAUAUUGUUCUUGCACCGCUUGGUGCGCAUUUGUCGAAUGCGAAGCCUGUUGAGAAGUUAGAUGAGUAA